AUGGAGCAAUGGAAAGUGAUGGUACUAAUUUGUCUAUACGGCGCUGUUAAAGAAUUCCGGCCCACUGAACCGUACAUGUAUGAAUAUCAGCAUACAGUGUUGAAUAUGUCGGAGCACACGCUGAAUAGUCAGGUUUACCCAAUUUGGACGUACAGUUAUCUCAUCACACUGAUACCUGCAUUCCUACUUACCGACGUGUUUCUAUACAAACCUCUCUUGGUGUUCGAGGCAUUCUCGUACUUCCUAUGUUGGAUCAUUUUCGUGUUUGGAAAGAGUCUAUGGAGUCAACAGGUGUUGGAAUUGAUCUAUGGAUGGGCUACUGCAACAGAAAUCGCCUAUUUUGCGUAUAUCUAUGUGAAAGUCCCGAAAAGUGACUAUAAAUCAGCCACCGCCUUCACUCGUGCCGCUCUUCUCGUUGGCAGAUUCUUAGCCUACGCCCUUGCCCAAUUGCUUAUUGGAAUGAACUGGUCCUCUUAUCAAACACUCAACAUUAUCAGUUUAGUUGCCAUGAGCAUUGCCGUAUUUCUUGCCCUUAUCCUCCCCAAAGUAGGAUGGAAAGAAGCCUACGAGAAGAAGUUGGAGACUCAUGACAUCCAAGGAGAUCUCAAGGAGAUUGUGAAUCAAUCUAGCUACACGGACUACCUCCGAUUGUUCUUUGUAGAACUCCGCCAUAACUUGCUAGCCAUCUACUGUAACCCUCUUAUCCUCAAGUGGUCGGUUUGGUCCGCCUUGUCCAGUUGUAUCUUCUAUCAAGUUACCAACUACACUCAAACUUUAUGGGGUACUUUACCAGCCAAUGAAAACAAAUUCAAUGGAAUUACGGAAGCGUUGGUCCCUCUGCUAGGUAUCCCAGCUGAUUUAAUUACCCGGCAAUUGAAUGUAAAUUGGAACAAAUGGGGUGACCUACUUCUUGCUGUAGGAUCUGUGCUACAAGCAGGACUCUUGUUUUGGAUGUCACAGUCGAAUCAUAUUGUCGUACUGUACUUGAGUUAUAUUUUCUAUCGAGUCAUCUAUCAAUUAACAACAACUAUUGCACAGUCUACACUAGCGUUUUCAUUGGAUUCUCGACUUUUUGGAUUGCUAUUCGGAAUUAAUACGUUUGUGGCGCUAGCUUUACAAUCAGUGCUGACAGCGGUUGUGAUUGAUUGGCAGAAAUUGGAAAUUCGACCUCAGUUCGUUGUCUACUCAUGCUAUCAUCUUGUGGUUGCAGUUGGAUUCGGAUUCAUUUUUGCAGUGUGGGCAGGCCGGAGAUUUUUCAAAACCAGUACUAAUUAA